GUAGGUAGUUAUCGGUAAAUCAAUCGUGUAGUGGUUAAUACAGGGAGGGGAGCAGAGAGGGCGCUCGGUGUACUUUCUCUCGCACGUGUGCGUCGACGCCUGCGCUCUAGGUUUCUCUCGGCUUAACGAUGAAGUAGGAGAGGAAGCCCCCUCCACUUGCAUUCAACCAGGAGAAUUCGAUGCGCGACGAUAAAAAAUUACCUCUUUUGUAUUCGUGCGCAAGCGCAAACAGCUAGUCAGGACGAGAGUGGGAGAGUUCUUCCCCUACACCGGUAUACUUCAUCGUGAGAAGGUUAACGUGCAGUUGCUUCGCAUAUAAAAUUUCUGUUAACAAGGUCUUCGCUGUCUCUCCAACGAAAGCAAACUGCGAAUCAAAUCGUUUAUACGGUUGUAUGAAUUGUUAUGGCCACGUCCAUGGUAUCCGUUGGAUGUUAAAUUUUCGAUACGUUUUUCGUUUAUCGAUGGUUUUUGGAAUAAUGCAUCGUUAAGAAAAGUUUGCUUUUUGGUGAAAACUGGAACAGUGUUUCCUUUGAAGGAGAAAGAGAUAAGGAUAAGGUUAACCAGCAGGCAAGGUUGCGCUUCAUUAAUGGUCCUAACCUGUAAAAGUAAGGAGAAGUGUCGAGCAGGUUUUCGGCUCGACGAAUAUAUGCUCGGUGGGAUCGACGGAAGAAAGAACAAUUUCAACGGUCGACGUUUGGCCGAUAAUUUAUUCCCAUUAUUGCUGUUUACGCGGUCGAAACAAGUGGUAUGCUGGGGAAGACGAAGACGAUGCCAACGAGGCUACCGUACAUCCUUAUGUUUGUCGAACGUUACGUAUUUUGGAAACAGAAUAAAGUGAAAUAGUGUUUACUAUAACUAUUACAAGUUAGUAUAUUUACACGCGCAUCGUGUACGAAAACCUAUUGUACGUUGAAAUUUCGUUUUCUAACACCCACACGUUGUUCCUUUUUUUUUUUGUUGUUGUUGUUGAUAAAUUCGAUAAAAUCAAUAUUUUUUUACGAUUUUAAGAAUUUCAGUUAGACACUUUCAUCGUACUUAACGUAUACACGCGCAUCUUUAGGAAAUCCUUGGGGUAUACGUUGGUUUACCAAACAGUCAGAAGGAUGCGACUCGUUAGCCCAGAGAAGUUGAGUGAGAUUCAGAGUAAUCCUGCGAGCAUAAGAAAUAUUUGUAUAUUGGCUCAUGUUGAUCAUGGCAAAACUACAUUGGCAGAUUCCUUGGUUGCUAGCAAUGGAAUCAUAUCCAGUAAACUUGCUGGCAAGCUACGAUACUUGGAUAGUCGUCCAGACGAACAGUUAAGAGGAAUUACAAUGAAAUCAAGUUCUAUUACCCUGUACUACCAGUAUUGUCCGGAGGAGUAUGUCAUUAAUUUAAUAGAUUCUCCAGGACACGUGGAUUUCGCUUCAGAAGUUUCAACCGCCGUUAGACUUUGCGACGGUUCUCUUAUCGUGGUGGACGUAGUAGAAGGCGUAUGCCCGCAAACACGUAGCGCACUGAAAAUUUCAUACGCGGAGGGAUUAAAGCCAAUUCUUGUAUUGAACAAAGUCGACAGAUUAAUUACAGAAAUGAAAUUGUCUCCGUUGGAUGCUUAUAUGCAUUUGACUCAAGUUUUGGAGCAAGUAAACGCGGUGAUGGGAGAACUGUUUGCCAGCGACGUAAUGGAACGAGAGGAAAAGGAAAACGUGAAGAAGGAAAGUAUGGAAAACGAUUCUGAAAGAAAUUUAUCCGACUGGCAGUCGGUGCUGGACGACAUAGACGAUUCUGGUUUAUAUUUUUCUCCGGAACAAGGGAAUGUUUUAUUUUCUAGCGCUACGGAUGGUUGGGGAUUCGGCGUGAAAGAAUUUGCCAAGAUAUUUUCAAAGAAAUUGGGUUUCAGCGAGAAAGUUUUAUUGAAAACGCUUUGGGGCGAUUAUUACGUUAAUUCUAAGACAAAAAGGAUCAUGAAAGGAGCUCAGGAAAAGGCGAAGAAACCUCUGUUCGUCCAGCUUAUAUUAGACAAUAUUUGGACUUUGUACGAAACGAUAACUAUAAGAAAGGACAAGGAAAAGGUAGCUAGUAUGGCCGAGCGGUUAGAUAUCAAAUUAACAACGAGAGAUUUAAGGCAUACGGAUUGUAAAGCUCAAUUACAAGCCGUUUGUUCUCAAUGGUUGCCUCUGGCACGCGCGUGUCUCGAUGCCAUUUGUGAAAAAGUUCCAGCACCUCACAAUUUAACGUCCGAAAAGGUGGAACGUUUGUUAAGCGGCAACUUUGAUUUUUCCACGUUGCCGGAAGAAACGCAACGAUUAAAGGAAGCGUUUCUAGCUUGCGAUCCUUCCGUGGACGCGCCCGUAGUCGUGUUCGUUUCAAAAAUGUUCCCAGUAGAAAAGAAGGCAUUGCCGGAGAAUAAACCUAAACCAUUAACGUCAGAAGAAUUGGCGCAACGAAGGGAAGUGGCGCGAAUGAAACACGCGGAGAGACUUCUGAAAGAGCAACAGGCGGAGGAAGCGGCGCAGCAGGAUAUAAACUCGGAUCAUUCGAAUGCGGAGGGUAAAUCGGAGAACCCAAGUCCGGAGGGAAGCGUGAAAGGUGACGAGGAGAAUUCGGAAACCACGUUGAUAGCAUUUGCAAGAAUUUAUUCCGGCUGUUUGAGGAAAGGGAGCACGGUGUUUGUUCUUGGACCGAAACACGAUCCCCGGGAGGCACUGGAACGGGUAAAAGCAGGCGAGUUACCGGCAGAGGAGAACGUAACAUUAAAGGAUUUAAAGGCUGGAAGACACGUGACCAAAGUCACCAUACAAAGACUCUAUCUUAUGAUGGGAAGAGAAUUAGAACCCACCGAAAAAAUCACCGCUGGUAACGUGUUCGGAAUAGGCGAUCUAGAGGAACACGUGUUAAAAACGGCCACUCUCUCCACGACUAUCGCGUGUCCAUCCUUCUCGGAGCUAACUUCCCUAGGGGUGCCCAUAAUGCGCGUAGCUCUCGAACCGAAACAUUCGAACGAUUUACAAGCGCUGAUCAACGGUUUGAAAUUACUUAACCAGGCGGACGCUUGUGCUCUUGUUCACAUUCAGGAAAGCGGGGAGAUCGUGUUGAGCACCGCCGGCGAGGUACACUUGGAAAGAUGCUUGGAGGAUCUCAGAGUAAGAUACGCAAAAGUCGAGGUGAACGUGUCAGAACCCAUCGUACAGUUCAGGGAAACGGUGGUACCUCCACCGAAAGUGGACAUGGUGAACGAGGCGAUCGAGAAGAAGGUCGAAGAAGGUAGUUUCUCCGCUUGGACCGCGAAUCGUCAAUGUUACUUCGAAGUGGACGCGAGACCUCUGCCGGACCGAGUGACGAAAAUCUUGGAGAAGAACGUGAAUUUGAUAAAGGCGCUUUAUUAUUACUAUGGUAAAUCGUCGUCGGAGAGGGAAGGGGAAACGAAGAAGGACAAAGAAAGCGGUAAAACAGAGUCAAUGUAUUCGAUGUCCGAAAGGAGGCAAAGAGAAUUGGAAUCGUUCAAGAGCGAGCUGGCGACUGCUUUUGAAGAAGCGGGACAAAAAGACGUGUUAGAUCGGAUAUGGUCGUUCGGGCCGAGAAACUGCGGCUCUAACAUCCUGUUGAACGAAACCGACUAUAAGCAGCAAAAAUUUUGGGAGGGACAUCCAAAGUCGAUCGAUCCACGCGCUCCAUACGAAAGCGGUUUGAUGAACGGCUUCCAAUUGGCAACAUUAGCCGGGCCUUUGUGCGAAGAACCCAUGAUGGGUGUCUGUUUCGUGGUAAAAAAGUGGGAGAUUCAUCAGGACUCCGACAGUGAAAGCAGCGGGCAGAAUCAAAGUCAAGCGGGUGGUCAUUUGAUGUCGACGUUCAAGGAAGCUUGUCGUCGCGUAUUCAACUCCAGGCAUCCUCGACUAGUCACACCCAUGUAUACCUGCAGCGUUCUAGUCAAUUCCGACGUACUAGGAAAACUGUACGCAGCGUUCGGUAAGAGACACGGCCGUGUGAUCGCAGCGGAUAGCGCGCUCGGAUUCGGAGGGCAAUUUCGUGUGCUAGCAACGUUGCCUGUGCCAGAGAGCUUUCAACUUGCCAGAGAACUGCGAACGCAAACGUCCGGGCUGGCUAGUCCCCAACUGGUUUUCAGUCAUUGGGAGGUAAUCAAACAAGAUCCCUACUGGACACCGUCCACCGACGAGGAAUAUCUGCAUUUCGGUGACAAAGCUGACAGCGAGAAUAGAGCUAAAAAGUAUAUUGAUGCGGUCCGUCGACGGAAAGGGUUGCCCGUGGAUUCUCAGCUUGUCACGCACGCGGAAAAGCAACGCACCCUCUCCAAGAACAAAUAAUUCCUAUUUAGAUCAUUUCGUUCGUUCGGUUUUUCUUUUCAAGCAAUCAUGCGAUUCAAUGAAAGAAAAGGAAUGUGCAGGUUGCAUGAUAAAGUUGUUUCUUGGUCUAUCGAGAAGCUGCAUAAUUUCGUAACGUCUUCUAUUCUCGUAUGUUCUAAUAAAAUUUCACGAUACCUUUGCGCCUCUGCCCUUUCUCUUACAGAAAAAGGAAAAAGAGACAUUUGAAAAAAGA